AUGUCCGUCCCAGAGGAUGACGCGGAGCAGUAUUUUGUAGACACUGUACCGAUAUACAGAAACCCAGUCCAACUUCCCUGUGCUCAUCAGUUACCUCCACACUACUUGCGUUCUUGGUGCCAGUAUCAACUUGAACAAAAGCAGAGCCGAUUCACCUGUCCAAGGUUUGAUUGUGUUAAGAAGAAAACCUGCGGUGCUGCUUUCUGUUACCAAGACGUCUGUCAGCUGGGUGAACUAACGGCGAAACAACAAGAGAAAUUUGAGGAGACGCUGGGCGCACUCGCGGCAGCGGCAUUAUGUGACUAUAAACCUUGCCCAGGAUGUCACUCUAACGUGGAGAGGGCAAAUCCGAAUAAUCUAUGCGUCCACUGCACGGUCUGCAGUGCAAAACGGGCUAAGCCUUUCUACUUCUGCUGGCAGUGCGUGAGGGAGUGGAAAGGACCACUCUAUAACGCCAGCAAAUGUGCCAACAAUGGCUGCCAACAAACAAAGCCAGAAUCCUCAGGCCGUGGUCCCCUGGUGUUGUGCACACCUGAAUUUAAAACAGUGAUAUUAAAGAAAGAAUGGGAUGACAUAUACAACCAUUUGUCACUAAAAGAAUGUCCCAGCAGGAAGCGCAUGGCUUUGGUCAUCAACAAUAUUCAUUUUGAGUAUGUGGAUGACAGAACAGGUGCAGAGAAAGAUGAGCAGAGCAUUAACACACUGCUGAAGGACUUGGGUUAUAAUAUUGUUUUACUUAGAGACCUCACAGCUGAGGGCAUGGAUGUUGCCAUAUCUGACUUCUCUAAGCGAGAGGAACAUUUCCAAUCAGACAGCUGCUUUGUGGUCAUCAUGUCCCAUGGAAAACCAAUGGGAAUUUGUGGGGUUUCUCAUACAUAUAUGUAUGGUCAGGAGAAGGAUGUGUUCCCUGUUGAUAAAAUCUUCAACCACCUGAACACUCCCAACUGUCCUGGACUACGUGACAAGCCCAAAAUAAUCCUCAUCCAGUCCUGUAGGGGAAAUGAGGAUGGGUCCGUAAGUGUUCAGGAUAGCGCACCAGGGCCGUCCCUCAGAACAGAACAUCGUGAGAAGGACUUCUGCUGUAUGAGAUCAUGCACUCCAGAUACGGUUUCCUACAGAACUGAAGAGAGAGGCUCAGAUUUCAUUCAAGAUGUUGUUGAAAUUUUCAACCACCAUGCUCAUGAAAACGACAUUGAGGAGUUAUUCCGAAAGGUUCUUAAGAAGUUUAAGGAGACACAUCCAAAUCAAAUGCCAUGCAAGGAGAGAACAACUCUGUCAAAGAAAUUCUACCUCUUCCCUGGACUAUGA